AUGAAUCUUGCUCCAUUAAGCGACAAACCCCAGCGAGUUCUCGACAUUGGCACUGGAACCGGCAUUUGGGCCAUAGACUUUGCCGACGAGAAUCCUUCCGCUGAGGUGCUUGGAACCGAUCUGAGCCCUAUCCAGGCCGACUGGAUCCCCCCUAAUUGCACUUUUGAAGUCGACGACUUUGAAUCCAACUGGCUCUAUGCCAGGCCAUUUGACUUUAUUCACGCCCGUGAACUUGAGGGCUGCAUUGCCGACGAGCUCAAGCUUUUUCAACAAGCAUGCGAACAUCUUGUUCCCGGUGGCUACUUCGAGAUGCAAGCUGUCGGAGCUCAGUUUUUAUCUGACGAUGAUGCUAUUGAGAAGGCAACCAACGCUCAGAUGUGGAUGGAGAACAUUCGGAAGGGUGCUGCCAUGUUUGGCAAGCCAAUUGAUUCUCAUCCUACCUGGAAGAUCAAGAUGGAGGAGGCUGGAUUUGUUAAUGUCAAUCAAGAGAUUCGCAAGGUUUCGAUCGGUGCUUGGCCCAAGGAUCCGAAGCUCAAGGAAAUUGGACGAUUCCAAUCUCUGCAAGAGGCUAAAGUCAUUGAAUCAUAUACCCCUGCCGUCUUCAGUCGCGUGCUGGGCUGGAGUAACGAGGAGAUACAGGUCUUCAUUGCUAAGAUCAAGAAAGAGCUUAAGGACCCGGCCAUUCAUCUCUAUCUUCCGGUCUAUUUCGUCUGGGGACGCAAGCCGGAGGGGGUUUAA